UAUUCAACAUCGUACUUUUUUUUUUUGCCUCGCUGUCCGUCGUCUCGCGUGGUCUCGUGCUUCCCGUUUGACGUGACGACCCCAACGACCGUACCAGUCCAUCUGCAACAUGGGCCGUGCUAAAACCAUUCCGGACCGGUGGCUAGACUACAACGACAUUGGAGGUGUUGUGCCCGGUACGCGGUUCAUAGCUUUCAAGGUGCCGCUUCGUGAAUCGAUAAGCUCGCGCGUGCCAGCGAGCAAGCGCUUCACACCGAACGAGCUUCUUCAGCGGAUAUACGGCCUAGGCCUCGUGAUUGAUUUAACGUGCACGAACCGUUACUAUGACCCCGAGUCUCUCAUCAGUCGUGGCAUCGUCCACACGAAGAUAAUGUGCGUUGGCCAACAAAUACCCAGCGAGGUUGUGGUAAGCGAGUUCUUCCGUGCCGUCGACGCAUUCGUCGCGAACCCGGCGAACGACGGCAAAUUGAUAGGUGUGCACUGCACGCACGGCGUGAACAGAACAGGGUACCUGGUCUGUAAGUACAUGAUUGAAAAGCUUAGCGUAGCGCCGACGACAGCGAUAGAGCAGUUUGAGAAUGCCCGCGGUCACAAGUUUGACAGGAAUGAAUAUGUCAUCGACCUCCAUCGUAUCGGUGGACAAGAGCCUACGCUCGAUCUUCGUAGUGCCGACAGGCGAGUGCAUGUCAGCGAGCCUCUUCAAGCCGUCGGCAGGCAAGAGUACGUCAGCGAAUCUCUGCGAGCAUCAGAAAUUCAAGACCAGUACGUCCGCGACUUUCUAAGUAUCGACAGACGACAAUAUCUCGGCAACAUACAAUGCUCCAGAGACGCCGGCAGUAAGCCUGCCGAAGUUGCUAUUCCUACACCCUCCGUUUGUGACGCCUACCGUGACUUCGACAGCCGGCAAGCAAUCAGCAUGCUUCCUUACGGGCACAACGCAUGGCAAGUCGCACCGAGUGAAGAUGGCCGUGUGUAUGGUCAUGCCGGUGACAUGCCACGUUCGUUGCCACAACAGGGCAAUGUGUCUGAUUUACAACCACAAGCGCAGAGCUAUCACAAUGACACGCCGCCUCGGCGCAGUGCGUUUGUCCAAGUACGUCCACAGCAGCACAGUUACAGUCACCCAAGUGCCUUGCCAACGCAAAACAGCAUAUACACUGCGCAGUCACAAAUCUACAGUUACCCCGGUGGCAUGGAACCUUCAUUGCUUCCCCAGUACCGCGCGUAUGAUGCACGGCAACAAGGGCAGGGCUACAGCAAUAUCGGUGGCAUGGCGCCACAGCACAGUGGCCUUGAUGCUCAGCUGCAAACCCUCGGUUAUAGUCAACCCAGUGGCAUGCCAGUCCAGCAAAGUAUGUCUGAUGCACGAUCACUAGAGCCGGUGCGAUCCUCGUCCCGAGUGAACUGCCCAAAUGUUGUAACUGCUAGCAUGUAUGGCGGGCAGGGCCAGUACAAGCCAUACAGCGAUGAUGAAAGACGGUACUGGCGACGUUAGGAGUGCCAAGAUGACUGUGUGCAAUGCCAAAAAGUGUUCUUAGUCAUGCAGACUUAGUCACUUCGCUUUUUUACCGAGAGCACAAAGAAAAAAAAAGGUGUAUGUUUUUUUAAUGGUGCAUGAAGCGCACAGAAUAAAUAAAAAAAAUUGUAUCAGA